AUGGCUCUGAACAUUGAUUUCAACGCCCUUAAGGCGCGGACCAUGGGGUCUGGUGCCGAUGAGGAAGCUGUAACGGUGGACACCCGAGGUUUGAUUUCUAAAGUCCUAGCUCGGUAUUCAGGGAAAUGGACUGUUCUACGAGAAAUGAUUCAAAAUGCCGCCGAUGCCUCAGCAACAAAAGUGACAAUCAAGUUCGAAACGUUACCCUCUACCACCGUUCCAUCCCCCUCAUCCACAGAUCCAACUGAACAAAUAAAACAUACGGUUUCAAACCAUACCUUACAACGUUUAUUGAUUUCAAAUAAUGGUCUCCCCUUCAGCGAAAAGGACUGGGCCCGGUUAAAACGGAUCGCGGAUGGGAAUCCCGAUGAGACUAAGAUUGGAGCAUUUGGUGUAGGAUUCUACAGUGUUUUUGAUGACUGCGAAGAGCCAUUUGUUUCCUCCGGUAAUCAGGCCAUGGCCUUUUACUGGAAAGGCAACGCGCUGUUCACUCGACGUUUGGAUCUUGGUGAUACAUCGAACAAGGACACAACCUUUGUACUGGAUUAUCGGAAUGAUUCUUCUCCUGUUCCAUCAUUGCUACAACUAUGCCAAUUUUUGGCUAGCAGCUUGACCUUUGUCGCUUUACAGGGGAUAGAAUUGAUGAUCGACGAUUGGAGUCUCUUGCAAUUGUCCAAAAAGACUGCCCCGGGCGUCAACGUGCCUAUCCCCAGAGAUAUCGAAACGAAAACGGAAGACGGUCUCAUGAAAAUUAUGGGAAUCACACAAGAGAUUGCUCAAGUUGAUGCGUCCUGGAUGCGUAUCGUGGAAUGGAAUCCACAUGCAAGUUUGAUUAGUCUCGACAACCUACGCGACACCACGAGCUCAUUACGAACAUUUUUCUCGAAAUUUACAAGCCAAGGCGCAUCUGAAAAGGCUGUGCAAUCUCAAAAGGCUCAGGCGCCUGAAGAAUCGGGUAACAUGACUACGUUGGUGAAGGCGUCGGUGUUCCUGCAUAUCAACACCGCAUCAAUUCAACCCUCGAUUGGCCAUAGCCUGAGCAAAGAGCUUGAAAGAGCCACCCGAAAACCACCGCCGAAGAAAGCCACAAUCGCGAUUUUGACGCCUUCUUAUGAUGCAAACAUUUCCACCGGCGAGUCUGCAUCCAAGUCAGAAAUCCUUGCGUCUAUUCUACCUUCAAGAGGAGGUCGGGUAUUUAUCGGAUUCCCUACGGCACAGACCACAGGGUUGAAUGCUCACAUUUCGGCACCAUCCGUCAUUCCUACAGUUGAACGCGAAAGCAUCGAUCUGAAUACUCGGUACAUUAGUAAAUGGAACAUUGAGAUGUUGCGAGCUGUUGGAAUAGUGUGUCGAAUCGCAUGGUCUGCUGAAAUGGCUACCAUAAAAUCCAAACUAGCAGCCAAAAUUGGACCGGAACGCUCCAAGGUUCGCAGAGAGGAUAUAGUGGACGUCCUUCCUGAGUCAAUCCACACUGCGAAUCAAUUUGUCUUUCGCGAGUCAACCCCAUCCUCAGCUCUCGGCCAAACCAUUGAGGACGCCUUUUGGAUGUGUAACAAGAACGCUUCGAUCGAAAUUCUCUCUACGUGCGGUGUCAUCCCUAGUCACCAGACACGCAUUGCUCCCAAGGAUCUCAGCUUCAUGGACUCGAUUCCGGCCCUUCCCGAAGAAUUGGUUUUGAAUGCAAAAGACUUUGUUAAAAAGCUGACAGAUUUCGGCUUGGUCACUGAAAUUACCGUCUCUGACAUCAGACGGGAACUUGAAGCCAGUACCUUACCUGCCAAACAUAUCGUCGAAUUUUUGAGUUGGUUAGGCCACAAAAUAUUGACAGGGCAGCUUGAUAAGCAUUCAGUUCAGAGCCUUCUCCGGGUUGCUGUAGCCAACGAUGAAGAUGAAGGUGGGAAGUCCACCCGCUUGAUCGUUUUUGCCGAUAUUAGCGGCUUUUUGAACCCACAGCGAAUCCCAGCAGACUUACCGGUUCCAUCGGCUAUAAUGCCUUUUAGAUUCACCAAAUCGAUUGGGAAACAAGAGCUUGAAGCUUUAGGUUGGGUUGAAUUGCAGGUUGUGCCCUGGCUUCGCUGGCUUGUGAUGAACGCUCAGGACCGCAGCUUGUUGUCUUCAGACCAAGAUAUUACCCAGAGCGCCUCAUUCUCAGGACAGAUUCUUCCCGUCUUGUCUAGACAAUGGGAGCUCCUAAGCCAAGCCUCGAAACAGACUGUGAUUACCAUGCUUCAACCCAAGACAGUAAUCCCAACUAAGCUUGGGAUGAAGCAGCCUGAUCAAACAUAUUUUCCCUCUGUGCGCCUUUUUGAUGAUCUGCCUGUUGUGCAUGGUCUGAAUGGCGUUAAAGAAAAGAUUCUGGUAUCGCUGGGUGUUCGCAAGACUGUUGAACUAGGUGUAAUCUUUGAUCGGCUCAUAAAUGCUACAAGCUCCAGUGAUUCCAAAGACUCCACAGCCCGUAAAUGGAAUCAUGUGGAUCUCAUUCGCUAUCUCACGUCAGUACGUGAAGAUAUUCCUUUAAAUGAUAUCCAAAGGCUGAAGAAUACAAGCAUUUGCACUGCAGAAAAGAUGGGAGACACGCAGCCUGGUACUCGCUACAAAAUUUCUCAAUUAUAUGAGCCGAGAGACUCACUUCGCGCGCUGGGUCUUCCCAUAAUUGAAUGGCCAGGCGUUUACAACAAUACGAGUAACGAAGGAAAAUUUCUCUCUAUGAUGGGUCUAAUGAAAUACCCAACAGGUGCCGAGCUUAUUGGGCUCAUGAUCAAGAGUGACACAGAGAAAGACAGUCCUCGAAAGACCAAAGCCUUGUCUUACUUUCUGAAUGAGUAUCACACCAACGGAUAUGCGGCAUUUGACACCAGUGCAGUCGGGGUGCCAUUUCUCCCAGUUGAAGGUUCAGACAACCGUGCUGUGCCCAAAAAGUGCUUUACAGAUGAAGGCGCCGCACUGUUCGGCUUUCACAUCCUUCAAAGGCACCUCCAUCCUCAUGCUUCUAAACUAGGAGUUAAGCCCCACCCCCCUAUGUCUGAAUGCCUUGAAGUCCUCAUCAAACAACCUCCAACCACCCCGAAAGAGGCUAGUGUUAUUUUUAAAUACUUGGCUGGAAGAGGCUCUGAGUUGAGCCGGCGCGAUGUUGACCGAGUUGGAGAGUCUUCGAUCAUCCCCAUUAUCACAAAGACUCAGUCAGAGAAGGGUCAGAGGACACGAUUUGUUGCGCCUAAACUCUGUUAUCUUGGUGAUGGGGAAGACUACAAAGAUAUUUUUGACUUUGUUGAUUUUGGACAAGAAGCAAACUUUUUCCUCUUGGCUGUUGGCUCCAGGCGAGAACCUACGAAGAUCGAGAUUGCACGAAUGCUGGUCAAAGAACCAGCACGCAUUUCAACCGCAUUCCAAAGCUCCGAAAAAUACCUGAUGCUUUUACGAACUCUUGCAGAAAAUCUCUCCUUACUCAAGAAAGAUAACGAUCUGUUCAAUGAUAUGAAAAGAGCUAGAUUCUUGCUAGCAAGCCGUGACAUUCCACCUCAAGAUACUAACAAAGAUGGGAAGGGAAAAUCAGUUGAAACGGAAGCUCUAGAUCCAGAUGAGGAUUUGGAUAUUCGAGAGUGGAGUUUGGCCGCAGCGAAAGACAUCAUGGUGGUAGAUGAUUUCCAGAGUUUCAAUUUGUUCAAAGAACACAUUCUUGCCGCGCCCCAGGAAGAAAUAUUGGAAAAUUUCUAUCUCGCUCUUGGCGCCCAUCCACUUAGCAAACUUGUUGAGGAACAAGCACGAUUUGGAGGCGUUGCAGCUGAUCAAAAGCUGGCUCUCAAAUUACACAAGAUCAUCCUGGAACGAGCACGCCUAUUCUUACAUGACCAACCCCCGGAUGCCAUCCAACACGGAGCUCGAUGGCUGGAACAUGACUUCAGUGUGCAAGUUGUCAACUCCAUCACGCUCACACGAUCGCUCAAGGGCAGACGAGUAUCUCACACCCAGAAGCGGAAUGCUAUCGUGGCCCGCCUGUCCAACAGCUGGGGCCUAUGUAUUAAUUCCGGCAAGUAUGACUUGUAUGAAAUUAGCCAAUCUCUGGUUCACUUGAUCCUGAAGCGACCCAAGCUUCAUUCAACCCUGACAUUGGAGAUGUUGUUGAAAACAGACCUUCUUGAGCUUCGUGCUCGAGGCUACAAUGUGGAACGGAUCCUUAGACAGAAAGCCCAGGAAGCUCGAAUUACAGAAGACAAAAGGCAGAAACAGCUCGAGGAAGAAAGACAAGCUAUACAGGAGAGAGAGGCCACUUGGGCUGCUGAGCAGGCUCAACGAUCAAAAGAUGAACAGCUGGAACGCCAAUCGCAAGCUUCUAUGCCCGGCUUCUUUCCCGAGUCUCCAAAUAACCAGCAAAAUAUAGAAGAAACACAAAGCACGCCUCCAGAUCCCGCUUUACCCGGCAGGGCUCCCCGUGGCCUAUUCUCUGGGCUCACCAAGCGAUUACUAGAAGGCCGUUCGGGAACAACCCCGAGUCCGAAUCCUGGGCAGUCUCGUCCUUUACUCCCGGAGUCCACCGACGCUCCUCCACCCCCACCUUAUUCCUCCGAAGAUCCGCAGAAGCCACGUCCAGAGCAGCCUGCGUCUGUAUCUCCACAUCGAUUGCAGAACGAACUCCUUUCUGCUGUGCAGGCUUGUCGUCCUCACAGUUCAUCGGACGUUUUCAGCCGCCCGGAGGUCAACCAGAUCUCGGCAAGUGAAUCAUACUGCGAUGAACGGCCUGGUCAGAAUUUAGAAUUCGUGGCGACACUUCCUAGUGGAGUUAAUGUGUUGUUUGUUAAGACUAUUACCGAGCGAUCAGCUUUCCUGGCAAACAAUCGCACUGGCAUCAACAUGUUCGCAUCCGUGCUUCUUGACUGUGGCUCUAUUUUUUCGAUGCGAGCAGAUAGUUUAAGCAUCUUCUAUGACCCAGGUAGCAAGACCAUUGCAUUUAACCGGGCUGGCAGCAUCUUCUGCAAUUACUUCUACUUCCAGAAGUUGCAAGAGCAGCCAUUGCUUCAAAAUUCUACACCGGAUCGCACGGAUGCUAUCGUCUACUGGUGGGUCACCCUUUGUCAUGAGCUAGCACACAACCUUGUGAGCGACCACAGCUCCGCUCAUAGCUACUACACCGAGGGCUUCGUGGCUCAGUAUUUCCCCAAGGUGGCUACUAAACUCGCCACUCUCCAAUCCGCAGCGAAUCCGCCGAACGCGGCAUGA